CUCAAGUCAGGACGAGUGCGCGCAGGGGGAGACACUAAGCGCGUUGACAGUCCCGUCUGCGGAGCGUCCUGCUGCGCGUGUCAGCCCCGCGUCCGAUCGACCCCCACCGGCAAAUUAUUCAUCCGGUUAUUUCCCACUAACCGGUCCGAGGCAACGACAACUCCAACAGCUGGGGAUGCGUGAGUAGAAAAGCCCGCCAGGCUCAAUCUUACCUACCCACCCACCCAGGACCAGACACCCACCCACCCAGGACCAGGAGCCGGAGGUGUCUCCUCCAAACAUGGACAGGAUCGGGGUGUCAUUCCUCAACCCUCUCGAUGAUUACGAGCUGAUCCAUCGGAUUGGGUGCGGCACCUAUGGAGAUGUUUUCAAGGCUCGUAACAUCAGUACGUCCGAACUGGCAGCCAUCAAGAUCGUCAAGCUCGACCCUGGUGACGACAUCACGUCCAUCCAGCAGGAGAUCACAAUGAUGAAGGAGUGCAAGCACAAAAACAUCGUGGCCUACUUCGGCAGCUACCACAGGAACACAAAGCUCUGGAUCUGCAUGGAGUUCUGUGGCGGAGGGUCACUUCAGGAUAUUUACCACGUGACGGGCCCGUUAAAGGAGAAACAGAUAGCGUUCGUGUGCAGAGAGACCCUCCAGGGCUUGUAUCAUUUGCACGAAACUGGUAAAAUGCACAGAGACAUUAAGGGAGCUAACAUCCUACUGACGGAGCGAGGAGACGUGAAACUGGCUGAUUUUGGAGUUGCAGCAGAGAUCAGCGCCUCUGUGGCUAAAAGGAAAUCUUUUAUCGGGACUCCCUACUGGAUGGCUCCAGAGGUGGCCGCAGUGGAAAAGAAGGGCGGCUACAAUCACCUGUGUGAUAUCUGGGCCGUCGGCAUCACUGCCAUCGAGCUGGCCGAGCUCCAGCCGCCCAUGUUUGACCUCCACCCGAUGAGAGCACUGAUGCUGAUGUCCAAGAGCAACUUCCAGCCCCCAAAACUAAAAGAUAAAGCCAAGUGGUCUGCAGGUUUCCAUAGCUUCGUGAAGAUGGCGCUCAUUAAAAGCCCUCGUAAAAGGCCGUCGGCUGAGACGCUGCUGCAGCAUCCGUUUGUGACCCAGCUGCUGACUCGUAACCUGGUAAUCGAGCUGCUGGACAUGGCCAACAACCCCGAGCUCAAUGCUUCUCACACGCACAGCAUGGACGACAACGAGCUGGAGGUGGGGGAGCUGGCACCUGACAAGAUUCAGUCAGCGGGGAAACGCCUGCCUGUGGAGAGGACGCUGUCUGAAGAACAAUUCGACCAAGUGAAGUUUGGGCCCCCGCGGAGGAAAGUCACCGAGCCGUAUCCUGAUUUGCAGGGGUCUUACGACGACGACUGGAGUCUGUCCGGGGAAGAAGAGACCUCACCGAGCCUGUUGGAAUGUGUGGAGCAAGCUCUGCAGCUGAGGAGUCUAACCAUCAAGAGGGCGCCAUCUGCUGACGGAGGUAGGAAGAGUGGUUUGUUCUGUCCAUCUACAGCCUCCCUGCCAGCCUUCAGCCUUUUAACCCUCAAUACAGACAACAGAAACCCGGCGAUGAGGCCGAGCUGCACCCUCGGCCCCGAUGCCAACGCCGCCUCCACGGCCGACUCCAGCACCGGCACUCCAGUCUUGGCCAGGUGCUCGGCUACGCAGGACAUCCGACAGCGCUGCAGCGAUCCGUCUCUGCCUGUGGGGGACGCCGUGACGCCGCCAGAGAAGAAGAAGAUUCCCCCCGUGUCCUCUCCGAAAAGAGAGACGCCUCUGUCCCCUGAGUGGAGCACGCUGAGGAAAAAGACAGAGGACUCUAGGGCUGAUUGUCAUGGACUUCCUCCUACCCCUCAAGUCCAUAUGGGAGCCUGUUUCUCUAAAGUGUUCAACGGUUGUCCUCUUAAAAUCCACUGUGCCGUGACGUGGAUUUUACCCAAGACAAGAGAUCAGUACAUGAUUCUUGGGGCUGAAGAAGGCAUCUACACACUGAACCUUAACGAACUUCAUGAAGAUACACUAGAGAAGCUCCUCCCUCAGAGAUGUACAUGGCUGUACGUUAUGAACAACGUGCUGAUGUCCGUGUCAGGGAAGUCGUCACAGCUCUACUCCCACAGUCUGACGGCUCUGUUUGAACAGAAAGGACAUCUACAGAAGAGACACAGCAGCCUGUCGCUCAGCACCAACCGCUUCACCGACAGGAUCAACCCCAGAAAGUUUGCCAUAUCCGUGAAGAUUCCCGACACUAAAGGCUGCAGGAGAUGUAGCGUAGCCAGAAACCCCUACACAGACAGUACGUUUCUAUGCGGCGCCGUUCCCUCCGGCCUCGUCCUGCUGUUGUGGUACGAGCCUCUGCAGAAGUUCAUGCAUCUGAAGCACAUCCCCAUCAAGCUUCCAGACUCUCUGCCCAUAUUCGAGCUGCUGGUGCUGGUGACCGAUGAGUUCCCCCAGCUGUGCAUUGGCGUCAGAGACUGCAGUAAUGGGAAACCUCCGAGCAGCCAGCAGCUGACGUUUGACAUAAUCGAGCUGAACGGCUCGGCCAUUUCGGUACCAGGUAAUGGAGCGCUCAGAGCCGUACAGGUGACCCAGAUGGACCGAGACACUGUUCUGAUUGCAGUGGAAAAAACUGUGAAGAUCGUGAACCUGCGAGGUGUUCCCUCCAAAGAGCUGGCUGCAGAGAUGGUCUUCGACUUCCCCGUUGAAACACUAGUCUGCUUACAGGACAGUGUGCUGGUUUUCUGGAAGCACGGCCUCAGAGGGAGGAGCUUCCACUCAGAUGAGGUAACACAGGAGAUUACGGACGAGAGUCGGGUCUUCAGAGUCUUGGGAACAAACAGAGACAUCAUCCUUCAGAGCACACCAACCAGUGACCCCUCAGCACUGAGCAACCUGUAUAUCCUGACUGGACAUGAAAGCAGCUACUGACGUAACGAGUAAUUAGUUUUUUUCCUACUCAUGGGACGCUCAAAAAACCAGAGACUCUUCUCUGAAUAACCCUGCGGUAGAAGUGAUGCCUGUCCACCGAGGCUGUAGCAGACACCAGCAUCCGCCGCCACUGCAGAGAUCGACAAACGUCAUCCUAACGCAAACUGUGUUUUGUUGCAUGUGCAGGAGCGACUUUUAAAUGAGUAAAGCCAAGAUUCUCAUUCAUGCCUCAUCUCACCAGCUCAAAUCACCGCGUGGCCGGAGCAGAGGAGACGCUCUCGUCCCUGCUAAUGGAGACGCCACAUCUCUGCUGCUGUUAGCGCGAACCAUAGACUGGAUAUAAAUAUGGACGACGUGUCACCGCUUCCUCCCAUUGGCCAAACUGAAUUUUCCCGGCGAUACGGGCGGCGCCAUCUUGUGAGUUUGGAGUCUGAUCAGUACGGUUCGAGGGGCGGAGCCACGAAAGUGAUGCCCCGCCCACACCUCCUCAAAACUCACUCAUGUUUUCAUUUGAUUAGUAUUAUUCUCUGCUCUACCUCCACCAGUGACAAGGAAACAUUAAAUUUACUAUAUUUGUUUAGAAUUUUUUUUUUUUUUUACAACCCUUUACAGAGCAGUUGGCAUGGCAACUGGUGGUCGCCAUUAUGUCACAUCCUGUUUCUAUAGUGUCAAAUAACUAAUUAUAUUAACUACUUAAAAUGACAGAAACCACCCUUGCAAAAAAAAUAUUUGAGUAUUUUAGUCCCACCCACUAGCUACACUGCAGCCUCCAGCCAGCAGGGGGAGCUCUAAUUGCUUGGGCAUCACUUGGAGGAGCUGUUCCAUUGUCCAUCUUUAUAUACAGUCUAUGGUGUGAACCAAAAAGAUGGACAUCACUCACAAUUUUCUUCAACUGAUGCAUAUUCUGGCUUCCUCAGAACAUUUUGUCAACCGAGAAGGACGAUCCAGCUGAGUGGGAGCGAUUGAGUAAACAAAGGCCAUAUUUGUGCAUAUUUGGGUGCCGCUAGCGUCCAGAGUCGAGUGUUAUUUGGUUGUCCUGGAGCUGGAGGCAUCUGUACUUUGGCUGCGACCUCUUUUGUCGGGGGGGUUAAUUUAUCCACUAGUACUGUGUUGGAGUUACUGAAAUCACUCAGAAAUGCAGUUCACAUACAAACCUGGGACUAAACUGUGGAAUAUAUUCAACUGGUUUUAAUGGUAUAUGAGUUCUUCUUAGUAGUUUGUGAGUGGAGACGUCGCAGCUUUGAGGGUCUUAAAGUGGCAACUUUGAGGAUUUCCUUUAGUUUGGUCGCUGUCAUAGAGAUGAGUUCUGGUAGAUGAAAUGGUUGGAUGAGAACUGAGCAUUUCCUACUGCUGCAAAACACCAGCCGACCAUUAAUACGAAGCAACCGAAGCAAAUGCAACGUGUUUUGUGGUCAGUUUGAAGUGUUGUAUUCAGCAAAGCGUAAAGAAGGAGCAGCCAGUGAGCUAUUAGAUAAGGAGCUGCACACCGGCCUCCCUGGUUGUUCACAGAAUGAUGGAAAAUGAAGAUUAUUGCCUCUUUUAUGAUGGCGCUGAAGCUUCAAAACACGAUAUUACAGAAAAUACAACAAUGUUUGGGAAAACACAACAACAUUACAGAAAACAAAACAUUUCACAAAAACACAAUAUUUCAGAAAACACAACAACAUUACAGAAAACACAACAUUUCAUGAAAACACAACAUUUCAUGAAAACACAACAUUACAGAAAACAUGACAAUACAGAAAGCACAAGGAUAUUUCAUAAAAACACAAUGUUUCAUAAAACACAACAACAUUUCAUGGAAACACAACAUUUCAUGGAAACACAACAUUUCAGAAAACACAACAUUUCUGUAAUGUUGGGUUUUCUGAAAUGUCGUUUUCUGAAAUGUUGUUUUUUCUGUCAUGUCGUUGUGUUUUCUGAAAUGUCGUUGUGUCCUAUUUAGUUCAUUACAGCGAUUCCCAACCUGUGGGGCUCGGCCUCCUCAAAAGUAUUGCAAGUGGGUCACCAAAUCAUUGAUAUUUGAUAUUUGGGUUUUAGUUGUGUUCUGCAACAUUGUUUGUCAAACAGCAACACUGUGACAUCCUAAUUAUGAUCCACUGCAGUUUUUUUAGUGUAAAACUGAAAUGCUCAAAAUUGCCACUUUAAGUUAAAUUGUCCUCAUCUCAUUAAUCCCAUAUAGUGCAAAUGGAGCAUUUUUUUUGUUUGUUUUGUUUUUGUUUUUUUUUGGAUUUAAAUUUGGAACAGAGCAAAAAUGAUACUCAGCCCUCGUGUUGUAUACAAUCACCACACUGGAACGUAAAGUCAGCGGUAAAAACAUUAAAGGAGCAGGUCACUGAAGCUUUUAAACUCCAUCUUUAAUAAAACUGUGGAAUAUUAAUAUAAUGUGGACGGGAACACUGGGUUUAUAGGAAGACAAAUCAAAGAAACCUUCGGAUAAUUGAUUAUUUCUUCUUAUCCAGGAUUGUUCCAUUCACAAAACCACAUUUAAAUGGAUUUAGAUUGUGAAUGUGUUAGUUACACCCGUGUGUUAUAAAAGCUUCAGACCGUUAACACCGUUCCCUCGUCCGUCCCAAUAAUUAAUAAUUUAUCUCACACAUGGGCGUUAGAAAUAGAAACCGGAUGCAAUUAAAUGUACUGUUGUUGUUUCUUUUGUUUUUGUUUUCUUGUCGGACUAAAAUAUAAAAGCCACUACAUUGGGAGUAUUGUGUGUGUAAUUAUAUUUAUAUUAUUUAUGGAAUGGAAUUGUAUAAAUAACACACGUUUUCCCCCUGAGAGAUACUUGAAAGACAUAGUAUAGAGUAUGGAUGUGAUUUUUUUUUUUUUAGAUUUUAUUUUAUUUUUUAAAAAGAAGAUGUUUUAUUGUUGCGUGCAAACCUGAUGUAUAUAACACGACAGUAUGGUGAGGUUGUAAUAUGAACAAAUAAAGACCUGAGUAUCCUUUUGAG